AUGAAUCCCGAGGAUCCUGCCAGUGGGUUCCGGCAUGACAAGGUGUUAAUGUUCAUCAAUGAGCAAAUGUCCAAGGACACAAUAGGCCCCCAGUUCUACCUUGAGAACUUGUCCCUGUCCUGGGAGGAGGUGGAAGAAAAGCUCAGAAUCCUCCUGGAGGAUAGCGAGAUGCCUAGGCAGGUUCAGGAAGCCUGUGCCUGGGCCAGCCUGGCCUUGGGUGUUCGAUUUGCUUGGAGGCAAGUCCACUUGCAGGGGCGCCGAGUGCAGUGGCUGCACGACUUCGCCUGCCUGCACAGGUCAGCGGCACAUGCCUUGGCAUCAGACCUGAAGAAACUCACAGAGCAGCAAGAGAUGGAACGCAAGGAGGUGGCCUUCCAGCUGCAGCUGGCCCACACCAAACUGGCAGAGGUGCAGAGAGAGCGGGACCUGAUGAGACUGAAGCUACUACAUGCAGAGCUGAGGGCCUUUCCAGCUGCAGACAUGCCAGUCGUGACUACAACUACAGCCCCUGCUACCGCUGGAGGGGCGGAGACAGAGACAAAACCUGCAGGAGGGGGAGAAGACGUGACAUCUAGUGAUAGUGCAGUGCAGGAACCAGAAAAGCAGAUGGAGGGGGCUACAGCCACGACUGCCCCUGGGGAGCUGGCAGGCACGGGACAGCUAGAAGGAAGCAUCCUGGAUCAUUUCGGAGCUGGGGAAGGGGAAGGCAAAUCUAUGGCAACCCCUAUAUGUUCUGAGUCUGAGACCUUAGAUCUCAGUUCCACAACCUCCCCGCAACCUGUCACUGUCCAACUCCCUGCCUCAUUCACAUACUCCUAUGAAAGCCCCUUUCCUGUCACACCCACCCCAUCACCGCCACCAAGCAUUCUUACGGAACCGCAGAUGCCUCCGUACUUCAUGGCCACUGAUAUGAAUAUGUCUGACACUGAGGGCCCAACAGUAUACCUCCAAGAACCCCCGAAAGAGAGCCAAGACAAUGGAGGCCAGCAGCAGAGCAAUAUGCCCCUUUCCAGGACUGGGAAUUGGGAUUGUCCUUGGUGUAAAACCGUGAAUUUUUCACAGAGGGAUAGCUGCUUCCACUGUGGGAGGCAAAUGUGGGUGACAAGCCCUCAGUGAGUUCAGAAAUGUGAUACAGAAAUUUCCCAUAGGGAAAUCAGUUUCAAAGGUGGGAGAAUGGG